AUGCCACCCAAGAACGCGGGUGAUCCCGAGGAAAUCACCGGGCAGAGCGCUCUCCCCAUCUCGCGAAUCAAGAAGAUCGUCCAGUUAGACGAGGAUAUUGUGCAAUGUUCCAACAACGCGACCUUUGUGAUCGCCAUGGCCACAGAAAUGUUCAUCCAUUACCUUGCCGAGCAAGGGCAUAACGUCGUCAAGUCAGAACGGAAACCACGGAAGACCGUUCAGUACAGAGAUCUCGCGACCGCAGUAUCCCAUAUCGACAACCUUGAGUUCCUCGCCGAUGUGAUACCUAAGACAACCACCUACAAGCAAUUCAAGGAGAAGAAAGCCAAGGAGGCGGCUGGGAACAAUGGUGGUGGUGUCAUGGAGAAGGGCCAGCGCACAUUGAAUGGGACCGGUGCUCCCGCCAACCAGGUGAACGGUAACUCGGCUGAAGAUCCAAUGGCUGUGGUGAUGGCAGCAGCAGACGAAGAGCCUCGACCGGCGCCAGCGACGCCUCGGGCACCGGUGGUUACACACACGUCGGGGUCGGUGAGUGCGCUAGUGGUGGAUCGGACGGUCGAACCGAUCCCUGCGCCGGGGAGUUAUGGGACGAUGGGCCAUGAUCCCGAUGUGGAAAUGAAAGAUUGA